ACGGUGUUCCCCAAGGCCGGGAAUCUCCCUCUUCUCCUGUCCCGACCUCCGCUGCACCGCUGGUGAUGGAUUAAGCGUCCAUCCUUGCCUCGCCCUUCGCAGCUGGAAACAGCUGCAUCCUCGGUGGGAAACCUGGUCCAUCGCAUCCCCCUCCUCCCCCAGUUUUGUUGGGUCUUUUUUUUUGGCCAAUAACCCCUUCCCGCCUUUUGGAAUUUACAGAAGCCGAGGCUGUCCGGAUCCCGCGCGGUGCAGAAAUAAAUACAAACGGGCAAAAUCGGGAAAGGGCUGUCCAGCGCUGAUGUGAGGGCUUAGAGGUGGAUCGUCUAGUCUUCCAGAAACCGGCCACAGAGAGUUAAUUCGCUGCCUUCUCGGUUUCCUCCUCUCGCCGUUGGUGGUUUGUUUUCUAUAGGCCCUUUUACUCACUUUCUAGGAUUUUAUACCCCGGACCCGCCGCACACCUCGUUCGUUUCCAUCGCUUUGUACACAGUUUUUUAUACCUGUACAAAUAUAUAUGUAUUUACAAAUCGAGAUCUCCACGGACAUCUGUUCUUAAACCCGGGGGACGAUUUUUUUUUAAAGAUUAUCAUUAUUAUGGACCCCCUCUACCUGCCGAGUUCGAUCAAGCUGAGUUUGCCAUCUCUCUCUCCCUUGCCCCCCAUCUGAGGUGGACCAGCUCGGCGCCAGGACCCGACGGACUAAGUGGUCAAAGUUUUGGGGAGUGUUUUUUUUUGGGGGGGGAGGACUCUGCUCCCAGGAGGUGAUUUGCCCAACCCAUUCCCCCCCCUCCCCUUUCCCGCUGGCGGCCGUGGAAGUUUACAUUUGGAUUUUUACACGUCCCGUCCCCUUCCCUUUGGCCCUAACCAGAGUCCCCUGCCUCCACCUCCAGAAAUUGAUCACUGCCUCCCUCCCCUUCGCCCUCUGGAUUGAGAGACACUUUCUUUAGCCUGGGCUGAUCUAGGAGGGACGGAGCCGAAAAAAACGAUCAAAGAGACACAUAUACGGAGACAUACACACACGCAGACACAAAAGCACACACACACACACACACGUCCCCACGUACCCGCACACGGCAGAGCAUCCUCUCCCUGCCCCGCCCCGGGGGCUGGGGGCUGGAGAAGGGUCCGGCCGGCUGACCGGCGAUGGCCGCGGCGAUAGCCAGCUCGUUGAUUCGACAGAAGCGACAGGCGAGGGAAUCCAACAGCGACCGGGUGUCGGCCUCCAAGCGCCGCUCCAGCCCCAGCAAAGACGGGCGCUCCCUCUGCGAGAGGCACGUCUUAGGGGUGUUCAGCAAAGUGCGCUUCUGCAGCGGCAGAAAGAGGCCCGUUAGGCGGAGACCAGAACCCCAGCUGAAAGGAAUUGUGACAAGGUUAUUCAGCCAGCAGGGAUAUUUCCUGCAGAUGCACCCAGAUGGUUCGAUUGACGGGACCAAGGACGAGAACAGUGACUACACCCUUUUCAAUCUAAUCCCUGUGGGUCUACGUGUGGUGGCAAUCCAGGGAGUGAAAGCCGGCCUCUAUGUGGCAAUGAAUGGUGAAGGCUAUCUCUACAGUUCAGAUGUUUUCACACCAGAGUGCAAAUUUAAGGAAUCUGUUUUUGAAAACUAUUAUGUCAUCUAUUCUUCCACACUCUACCGGCAACAGGAAUCUGGAAGAGCCUGGUUUCUGGGGCUCAAUAAAGAAGGUCAAAUUAUGAAGGGAAACAGAGUGAAGAAAACCAAACCCUCAUCACAUUUUGUACCCAAACCAAUUGAAGUGUGCAUGUACAGAGAGCCAUCACUGCAUGAAAUUGGAGAAAAACAAGGACGUUCAAGAAAAAGUUCAGGGACACCAACCAUGAAUGGCGGCAAAGUUGUGAAUCAAGAUUCAACAUAGCUGAGAACUCUUCCCUUAUCCCCUUUUCCAUCCCUACCCUUCUUUCUUCCUUUCCUUUUUCCCCAUUCUCUCCCAAUAAAUCCAUGAAGACAACAGUAAAGUGGCAAGGCAGGACCUAGUGGCUAAGAUCCUGAACUCAAAAUCUUUCUUUGUGUAGAACAAAGAAUUGGAACCUAUAUCUUGCCUGUUGAAACACUUUAGAAAGCAAACAUGCACACAUACAUAUAGGAAAUGAAGAAAAAAAUAAAUAAAUCAGGAUUCCAUUAACAUUUUAAGGCCAACUGUUUGCUCUGUGAUUAAAGGAAAAAAAUCUCUGCAUAUUAUAAUAAAGAUGUCACCUUUAAAAAAAGGUUUUGGAGAAUUGAA